AUGAAGGAAUACAAUCCAAGCUUCAUCAACUUAAAAAAUUCUUCUAAUUCAGGUGCUGACUUCCUAUCAAGAGUCUUCACUAUCAUUCAAAAAAAAGAUAGUUCUGAAAAACUCAUCAAAAAUUCUUAUUCGUUAUUGAAUCACCCAGGUUCUAAACGUCUAUUUAACACAAUAAGACACAUUGACCCUAAUAUUACAAAAGCAAAAGUCGAAUAUAUUACAUCAUUAUGUGAAACCUAUCAUUUGAACAUUAAUUUAACUACCAAAUAUGGAAUGUUGAAAGGUAAAUUCAAGUCGGAGAUCCUUAGGAAGUGGUAA